ACUUAUCGUUAGAAUAUGGAGUUCACGGACCAAUUAUCAAACCUUGAACAGGUUUUCACGCACAAUGAGUUGAAACAUGAAGUUUAUACUAAGAAUAUGGACGAUAGCCUGAAUGGAAAGUAUGUCAAUCAAUGUCUAGCCACUCCUAUCUUGAAGCCGGUAAAAGGCAAGAUUGAUAUACCUCCUCUGGAGGGCUUCCCCUCGCCAGCAAUUCCGCUUGGGGAUGAGUCCUUGAUGAACCUUGGCCUUACUGAUAGAGUUGAGCAUUUCCGCUUGUCGCCAGACAUCGAUUCGAAGUUCACAAAGCUACAAGUCAAUUUGGAGAAGAAGAACAUUUCAUACAAGUCAUCUACUACACCAAAUGUUGCUUAUGCUACCUCUCCCUCGAGUGAAAUUCAAUCGAUCUCAACCUUUGCUACAACAAAUAUUCAGAACACUGAAAAUAGUGAGUUCACAAUGGUUCUCUCUGAAGAUGAGAGUGACAGUGUCCAAGGGCAUCUUGGCGCUAAGAAAGCUCCCAAAUCUAAAGAGAGAAAGCUGAGCUCAGAAGGAGGAAUCACUCUUCCUCCAAGAGCAGAAGAAGACUCUAUUCUUAGACCUCAUUCUAAGAAGACGAUUAUAUCUUCAUCAAAACUUUUGAAGGAUCAGCAAGCUCUAAUGCCUACAACUAUUUUAGGAUUCCUGCAAAAGUCUGUCAAAGACUUAAAGCAAGGUAAUACUAAAAAGAGGGUAGAGAAAGCUGGUCUGAAGAGUCUUGAGGCUCUUAACUUGACAACUAGCAUUGGCGAAGUUGGAUCAAGGUUUCCCAGCUUCACCCUGGGCUAGACUAUUAGCCACAUAGCCUCAGUGUGCUCUAAAGACCUUCUCUCCUCUUUUUAGGGUUACUCUUGCUUUUUGUAGUGCUCGAAGAGCACUCCAACAAGCAAUUGAGUUCCUGGCCUAUAGCAGGGCAAGGCUCCCGAGCCUGCUCUGUGCCAAGAAGUGGCCAGAUUCGAGUUGUUUUCAGGCACAUUGGGGAUCAAUAAUAGGUUCGCCCUCUAUUACCAAUAGUAUUAUUCAACCAAAUCA